CAACAUCCCGCCGGGAUAAAGGAGCCAGGACUGAGAGAGUCACUCCGCCCCCUCCCAGCAAAAGGAGAAACCGCAGCCCCUGCCGGACAGGGGUGAGAGUCAGAGGGGCACCCGUGCUCCAGGGGCCUUGAGAAGAGUGGGGAUAAGCUGGGCAAGAAAAACAGGGAACCCUGGGUACCAAGAGUAAUUCGUAGGAGAGAAGGAGCCUGGCAGAAUUCAGGAGCAGGGAAAAGAAUUCGGGUUGCAAAUUUAAGAGGCCUGGGUCUUUGAAUGAAUUUGAAGAGGGCAAAGAGUGGGAUGCCUAUAUCCCAGGAAAUAUACUAGAGUGGGAGGAAAGGAGGAGAAGGGAGAAACAGGAUGCCUGGUCUAGAAUGAGUCCCAAGUCUAGGCUUUUGGGAUGUCCUUAACUGAUACCACUUCACCACCUUCUGUAAGUGGAGAAUGUCACAAAUAAUUAGUUGAGCCUAGAGUCUUCCAAAAGCAGGGGGUUUGAAUUCUCCUCCCUUGCAUGGGACGAAGGUUUGGAGUUCUGGUGGAAGGUGCAUCAGGAUUGGGAAGAGCUGCACUUUGGCAAAUGAGGGGAGGAGGUGGGGGGAGGCUGGGAAGGACCUUUGACUUCCAGCAAUUGAUCGAUGUGAAUGAAGUCCGCAGGGGAUGGAGGCUCAGAAGCAGGUGUUCAGGAAUCCUAAAUCUUGAGAAGAUAUUGGAGAGGGGAGAGAGGCGGUCCAAGGGGGAAGACAAGUGCCCAAACUAGGAAUUUGACUGUUCAGUAUCCAGAAGAACGGACGAAUAUCCUAAAUCUUUGAGCCCCGCUUUUCAUUCACUCGAAGGCUACCUUCACCAUGAGCUCAGUCGCGACUGCAGUAGGGAGUCUAGGCUACGUCCGAGAAUUCACGCGCCACGCAUCAGAUGUGCUCUGGAACCUGAACGAGUUACGCCUGCGUGGGAUCCUCACCGAUGUCACGUUGUUAGUGGGAGGUCGGGCCCUCCGAGCUCACAAGGCGGUCUUGAUCGCCUGCAGUGGCUUCUUCUAUUCGAUUUUCCGUGGUCGGGCAGGGUUGGGAGUGGACCUACUAUCUUUACCUGGAGGUCCUGAAGCUGGUGGUUUUGCCCCUCUUUUGGAUUUUAUGUACACGUCGCGCCUACUCCUUUCACCAGCCACGGCCCCAGCGGUCCUGGCAGCAGCCACCUAUCUGCAGAUGGACCACGUGGUAGAGGCCUGUCACCGCUUCAUCCAGGCAAGGACGGCCCAAGCAGGGACCCCAGCUGGGAAGGCAGACGCUGCUGCCGAAUCUCCUGCCUCAGCGAAGCCUGCCAGUGGCGAGGAAGCCUCUAGCAGCAGCGGGGAGGAGGGUUCCUGUUCCGGAACUGGGAGAAGGCUCUCCCCGGCUCUUGAUCCUGCUUUGCUGCUCCCUCAUCCCAGUCAGAGAAACCUCGGAUCGCCCUCUGAAGCCUCCGGUCCGCGACCAGGGAAUAGUUUCUUCAGCUGCCAGGACUGUGAGGCAGGGACUGGCUAUCCGGAAGAAGUGCGAGCGCGGGCACUGACCCCCCACAGCCCCGGGAAUGAAGACAAACCCUACAAGUGUCGGCUCUGCCGAUGCGCUUUCCGUUACAAAGGCAACCUAGCCAGUCACCGCACGGUGCAUACAGGAGAGAAGCCAUAUCACUGCGCUAUCUGUGGGGCCCGUUUUAACCGACCCGCCAAUCUCAAAACUCAUAGCCGCAUCCAUUCCGGAGAGAAGCCUUACAAAUGCGAGACUUGCGGCUCUCGCUUCGUGCAGGUGGCACACCUCCGUGCACAUGUGCUGAUUCAUACGGGAGAGAAGCCCUAUCCCUGUUCCACCUGUGGAACUCGUUUUCGCCAUCUGCAGACACUGAAGAGCCACGUGCGCAUCCAUACGGGGGAGAAACCAUACCACUGUGAACCCUGCAACCUGCAUUUCCGACACAAGAGUCAACUGCGCCUGCAUCUUCGACAGAAACAUGGUGCUGCCACUAACACCAAAGUCCAUUACCAUGUUCUGAGGGCCCCUUGUUGAGGACCAGGAUAAGUGGCGCACCUUCCUUCUCCUUCCCCUUUCCUGGUUCCGGACCUGAUCUUAGUCUGGUUUUUCACCCAGGGGAGAGCAGGGGUAGCAGAUCUAUUAGAUCUGUUUCCAUUUUGCUGGUCAAAAUCUCUUCCCUUUCUUUUUUUUCCUUUUUCUUUCUUUUUUUUUGCCUAGUUUCCUAACACUUGUUAGGUUGAAUGGGAGAGGAGGGGCAGAACUCAACCCCUAGCAUUUCAUUUCGGUUCCCCUGUAAAUAUAAUUUAUUGGAGUUACUGAAUGGGGUUGAUGGUUUUUUCUCACUCCGAACUGUAUUCCAUAUUUUCUCAUUCCUCCCCUUCCCCAUGAAGGAAUUGUGUGGCCAAAAGUUAUCCAUAGUAAGGUGAGGUCACAGCUCUGCUGGCAGAGACAAACCUGGGGACCCCUCCAUACCUAAGCUUGAAUAUUUCAUAUAAUUCUUAUUAUAGCCAUUAUACUUAAACUUUUUUUUGGAGAACUAUUAUACAAGAGAUAGGAACCUCUAUUCUAGAGCAGUUUAGGAACUCUGUGGGGAGUAAUGAAGCCAAGCCAAGCAAUUCUGGAAAGGAAUGGGUCUCUGAUCAAGGUUUCUCUCUGUUCUAGAACAGUCUGACCCCUUGGAUAAUCUAGAUAUAGGAAAACUAAAACCUUCACUAUGGCUCUAGAGGAGGUUUAGGGAACACUGCAUUAUUCCAAAAUGGGGGCUGGUAACCUCCAGAAAUCUCAUUGAUGCACACUUGGUCACCUAGAAGAGGGGGACUGGAUCCUUCAUGGUGAUUCUAGAUAUAAAAUUAUAAAAGUCUUGAAUUUUCUCUUAUUACUAUAGAGUUGGGUCUGGGACCUAACCUGACAUUUUUAAAAUCAGCUCUUAGUUGUGCAAAAACUGGGAACCUCCAUGUUGGCUCUAGAGGGGAAUCUAGAAUUCCUUGCUACCCUAGAGUUCAGCCUGCUGGGCUGCUGGAACUCCAACUGUGACAUUUUCCAGUUCUUGAUAUUGUUUUCUGGAAUGACAAGGACUCAGGAAUGGCUGAGCUAAUGUCCUAGAGAGUCUGCCUGGGACUGUGACCCUUUUCCUUUAUUAUUUUCUCUUUCAGAGAAACCAAGUUCCUUGACUCUGGAUGUUGCCUCAUUGGUUUCCUACUGUACCUAGAAAACUCUCCUUUUGCUCAAGAAGUCUUUGAGUCUGUGUAAUACUUUGUUGUUUGUUUUUCUUUUAAACUAAGAAACUUCUAGGAUUACCUCCCUCCUUUUUUUUGUCACAAACCAGAAAAGGCAUCAGCACCUGAGGCUAUGAAGAGAAGCUGUGGAGAGAGAGAUACUCUGGACUUGAUGGAAUUGAAGAUUUUUGUUAUGACUGAAUGUUUAAGGGGUUGGUUAUAAUUGCAUAGUUGAAGUUAAGGGCUACCUUGAGAACAGUCUGUUAAGGAUAGUCUGUGACUAUUGGAGUGAAAUGUAGACUUCUGUAUAUCUGGGUCCAAAAUUAGAAAAUUUUCAAGUUGGCUUCCCAAUCUGGGGCAAAAUGAGACCUAGAUUCUGACUUCCAGUUGAACAAAGGGUUAGAAAUAAAAUAUUCCUUUCAGGGUGAAAAAGACUUAUUACAAUUACACAUCUUGAGUCAGAGCUGUAGGAAUGGAGAAGAUAGAGUCACAUACCCCAAGAGGCUAUUUGUGCUGGUGUGGGAGAAGUACACUCAUUGUAGUUGGGCAACUAAAUGUGGUGGGGUUAGGGCUUAGGUUCAGUGUCCCUUCUUCUCUUACUCUAUGCCCAAGUGAAGGUAGAAAGAGGUGAGAGAUUAGAGACCUGAGGUGGUAUUUAGAAAAAGAAUGAAAGGCAGAAAGUGAAUGGGGGGAAAUGAGUAGAAAUCCAAGAUGGCAUAUUGUUUGAGCCUCAAAAUAAAGAAACAUCGAUGUCA